AUGGCGAACCUCGAACGAAUGCUAGAUGAAGCAAUGGCGAAAUGUGGUGCGAAAAGUUGCUCUCUGGCCACAACAUCCACCCCUGUGUACGAGGUCAAAAGAGACUCUGAAUUUGCCCUCAAGGACUUUGUCAAGCACGCGUGUCGUCCGGUAGACCAUGCCAAAUCAUGCACCCUCGUCCUCGAUGCCCACUACAACAUCCCUGAGUUAGGCAUUAUCUCAGCACUAUGCGAGCGACUCCAAGAUCAAGAUUACUCUGUUCUUCCUCCUCAUCUGCAGCCUGCUGAGGCCAUGCCCUCGGGAACCACAGUUUCGUACAUCAUCAACAACUCGGAGGACGGGGUUCUCGACAUUCUUCGCGUCAUGUCCUUUACCGGGAAGGUGCCAACAAAGCAGGCUCGCGCGUACUGCACUGGCUCUGCUGUAGUGCCCGCCUUUAGACAGGGACCAUGGACUUGGGUAAAGGCCGUCCAUUACCUCAUGGACAUGCUUCCGGGGCAUCAUGUCGUCUGGUGGCGUCUCUCUCAGGCACAGGGUGGACAAGGCAUCCAGAGGUCCUCGUCUUCUCAGCAGCAAUGGUGCCCUGAAGAUGAGGAACUCUUGGCAGGAGUGGAGUACAUCAACAAAAAGGCUCCUGACCAAGAUGAUGAGAACCAACAAUACGUGUGGAUCCUGAGACAAAUACGUCCGGACAGUGGCACUCCUAUCGCGGGGUGGCCCAAGUCUGAGGUCAAACUCAUGGCCCAAAACAAAUCCCGGGCAGCAGGAGGAGCAUCUUCAUCUCGAUUCUUCCCCUUCACAACCAUGAGCUUGAAGCCGUUCAUGCACGCGUUUCUGCUGCCCAUGGUGUUCCCCUUGAUGCUCUCCUACGGCAUCAUCACUGUGGGUUGGCCGGGCGUGGGCAAGACCCCAUUUCUCAUCGUCCUCAGUCUCGCACUCGGUCGCUACCACAUCAACAAGAAUGGACAUGCUCACAUUCGUCCUGGUUGGAGACGAGCCAAAGCUAUGGACAACUUCAGGCACAAGUGUGGCCAGUCACAUGAAGGCAUAAUCUUGGACGACCCCACCAUCGAAAAGAUCGAGGCGUCCGACUUGAAAUCUUGGCUCACUUCGGAGGAAGACCAAAAUUGCACGGGGCGUUACAACGAUGUGAAAUUGGCCCGGAAUGGUCUCAGGGCGUUGGCUUCGAAUGAUCUUGAGGAAUCGGAUGAGCCUCCGCCUGAUAGACUGAGCACCUCGAUCACUGCUGCUGAGUUCAUGAAGCUCACACGCAAGCUCUUUCAGGCAUACAAGGAAGCUGAUGUUCUGGCCAUCUUGAAACGUUCCAUCGUCUUCGUCUUCGGGAAACAUGCCGUCUACCUGCGACUCCCUGACCAGGACUUGGGUGCCCCAGUUCAUCGCAUACUCGUGAGCCAGCUCCAUGCCGACCUCUUCUGCGAAAGGGACAAGGAGUUUUAUGCCAAAUACAAGAUUGGCGUCGAGGAGCUCCCCCCAACCUUUGAGGAGGAUGUCAAAUGCGAACAGGCCCUCAUCCUUCAUGGUCUGGCUGACCUCGCACACGCAGGACGCCCAAGCACUUACAUCAAGAGCAUCAACACGAAAAUCGCCGACAAGCUUCAGGACAUCAGCCGGGAAACCAACACGACAUGGCUACCUUCCUCGCAGUCUUCAGAUGAAGAUGCUGCUCCAAAGCACACAGGCCCUGUGGUGCCACAUGCAGCCCCGCCUCCGGGUACUCCUCGCAGACGCCUUGGAGAUUUUGUUUAUCCAACUCCGACCCGCCGGGUAAGGAUGAAGUCCUGCAAUGCUGCAGCACAAUCGUCGGUUCCCCAGCCUGAGGAAGAGGCAGCACAAUCAUCAGUUCCGCAGCCUGACAAAGCCACUGACUCCUUCUCCGGAGAGGAGGACGUAGCCAAACGCCCUGGAGCAUCCUUCGUAGCCAAGAAGGGCAAGUUGCGUGCCACGCAGAAACGGCCUGCUUCCAUCAAGUCCAAGACUUACAAGGCCAUUCCAUACGUGAAGGAUCCUUCAGCUCUCCCAGGUCGUGGGCUUCGUGGUGAUCAGACGAAGUGGUGCCGGAGCUACCCGGACAUCAUCAAGGCCAGCAACAAGUCCCUCAUCGACAUGCUGGUGAAAGACAAGAUCCUACCGAAGUGGCAAGGGAGUCGAUGUCCACACUGCCAUAAGGGAACCCUUUCGGGAUUGGUCCGCAAGCCCAACACAAAGGAGGAUACGUGGAAACAUCGCUGCAACCAUAAGGGUUGCCAGCGAUACCUGAGUCCGCAUCACUUGCAUCCCGUCUUCGUUGACGCUGGUGGUCCGGCUUCCACAGAUCUUCAGACGCAGGCUUCUGUGCUACUCCUCAAACUUAUUGGUGUUUCGGCAGCAUCCAUCCACAAGAUAACGCAUGUGAACCACAAGGCCAUCCAAGACCUCGAGGGCAAGUUAGCCGAUGUUCGUAGGCGUUUCGUGGAGGUCAAGCAAAAGGACAUCAAGUUGGGCGACUGCCGUUCUUGGCAAGAUGUCGAGGGGGACGAGGCCACGUUCACCAAAACAAAUGAGAAACACGGAGACCAGACCAAGCCAAUCAGAUGGGAGCAAUGGUUGGGGCUGGUUCAACGUGGUCGACCGGAUACUCUCAUCUUGGAGCGCCUCAACCCGCCUAAGACCGUCAAGAGGGCACCCGGUCCAGGCGCUGUGCGACGUGUAGAGUGGCGACCACUUGCAGAGAAGCAUUUAAAGGGUCGUGCCGUGAUUUUCCACACGGACUCUGCCAAGAGUUAUAAACUCAAGGUAGACCGCGUUGUACAUGAUCGGGUUGUUCAUGCCAAGAAAAGGGUGCUGGUCAAUGGAAAGUAUGUUUGGAAGGCUCCGACAUACGUGAAAGUGGUGGAACACCGCGUGCCAGGACGCAUCAAGCCUUUGAGAACGAAGGCCGGUACUCAAAUCAUCGAUAGAGCCUGGCGGUUCCUUAAGGAGAGAAUCUCCCUGAACCAGCACACCAGGGCAGGUAGCCUCGUGAUGCGCAACAAAAUUCGCUCCGCUCAGUAUGCAUACUGGACGCGGGGCACAGAUCUCUGGCUCGAGACUGGCAAACUCUUCACUUGGGCAAUGCGAGAAAUCGUGCAGCCCAGGUGA